AUGCUCCUCUCGGCAGCUUCGUUUCACAGUCGCCUGGCCCAGCUGGGCAUUGCUGCAGUAUGCCUGGUCGUGGUAGGCUGGUUCCUCCUACCGGCCUCUUUCGACUUCUCCAAGCACCUGAGCACUUCUCAACUGGGCUCGCCGCUCUCCACGACUCCUAAAACCACCGUCUCGCCGAAACAGAACCAUCCGGCCGAUCAACUCAUACUACGAGCGAACGAAGACUUCAGAACGUUGGUGAAUAAAGAGACACGGAAUCUACAUGAUGCGGCGAAGGCAUAUCAGGCACGGAGAGGGAGGCAGCCACCGCCUGGAUUCGAUAAGUGGUUCACUUUUGCGGCGAAUCACUCGGCGCUCAUUGUGGAGGACUUUUUCGAUCGCAUAUACGACGAUUUGAACCCGUUCUGGGGGAUACCUGCGAAGCAGAUUCGAGAACAGGCGAACGAUUUCGUGCACAGGAUAUCCGUAAGGAAUGGAAAUGCCACAGGCAGGACUGAUAUUCCAAGGGAAGAUCGGCCAUGGAUUGGCUUGUGGGAAGAUAUGGUGCAGAGCGUGGCGGAGUAUCUGCCAGACUUGGAUCUGGCUAUCAACGUGAUGGACGAGAGCAGGAUUGUGACGCCUUGGGAGAAGAUCAAUGAGUACAUGAUCAAGGAAUCCGAGAGCAGGAAAGUGGUGCCUGUGGAUGAGCUGAAGAUGGAAUUUGGAAGCUUGAAAGAGUUGGAUGAACACCCACCGGAACACUUCGAUCCAGGCUGGGAUACAAUCGGAGCGUACUGGCCUAUGGCUGUAGUUGGCUGCGCACCCAAUAGCCCAGCACGAGAGGCGGAAAUCGAGACGGACUAUACAAACCCUCCUCCACUCUCAUCUGGAUAUCCACCACGUUCGCAUGAGGGCUAUGUGUCGAACUGGACCUUUGCUUCCUCCCCUUGCGAUCAUCCCAAUCUCCAAGGCCUGCAUGGCACAUUCGUAGAGCCAAUCUCUAUCUCCAACACGAAAACGCUCUUUCCACUUUUCGGGGGCUCGAAACUACCGAUGAACAACGAGAUCUUGCUCCCACCGGCGAUGUAUUGGACGGAUGAUCCUUUCUAUUCGGGUGGAGACUCACAUGGCGAUCCUUGGGAACAGAAGAAGGAUCAGCUCAUCUGGCGUGGCUCUGCUAGUGGAGGCAGGAAUAAAGCUGAAAACUGGGCUCGAUUCCAGAGACAUCGCUUUGUGUCUAUGAUCAACGCUACGAGCAUCAAACAGCUGGAAACCCGUCCGGACUAUCGAGCGCCCAACUUCGUGCUACCGGAGAAUGACACCUACGAUCUGGCUGCUCGUGUCCCCGGUGCCGGUCAAACAGGUCUCAGUGACUGGGUCGCGACGUGGUCGGAUGCGGCUGCUGUUCACUUACUUUGCUUCCCCGACCCUGAUCCCCCUCGAUGCCCGUACAACGACGCCUACUUCUCAGUGGCGAAGGCUAUGCCCAUGUCCGAGCAAUACGCAUACAAGUACCUCCCCGACAUCGACGGCAACUCCUUCAGCGGUCGCUAUCGAGGUUUCCUGGGAAGUACGUCUCUCCCAAUCAAAGCCACCAUCUACAAAGAAUGGCACGACGACCGUCUGGUCCCUUGGAAGCAUUUCGUCCCCAUGGACAACACGUUCAUCGACGUGUACGGGAUCAUGGAGUAUUUCGUUGGGAACAAGGAGCUGGGCUUGGAGGGCCAUGAUGAUGUUGCGAGGAACAUUGCGUUGGAUGGAAAGACGUGGGCGGAGAAGGUCCUGAGGAAGGAGGAUAUGUCGGUGUAUGUUCUUAGGCUGUUGCUGGAAUACGCGCGAUUGUGCGAUGACGAUCGGGAAAAGAUGGGGUGGGCGGAGAGUGGUGUAGGAUAA